AUGGCAGCAGACCGCGUCGCGCAGCUCGCCACGCACCUCAACUACCCGCGCGGCAUGCUCGCCGGGCAGGUGGCCAUUGUCACGGGCAGCGGGCAGGGCAUCGGCGCCGAGACGGCGCGCCUGUUUGCCAACGAGGGCGCCAAGGUGGUCGUCGCCGACAUUGACGCCGCCAAGGCCCAAGCCGUCGUCGACAGCAUCACCUCCUCCGGCGGCCAAGCCAUCGCCGUCCCCGGUGACAUCUUGCAAGCCAGCUACAUCGACACGCUCGUCUCGCGCGCCGCCGCCUUCGGGUCCGGCAAGAUCCACAUCAUCGUCAACAACGCGGGCUACACGUGGGACGGCGUCAUCCACAAGACCAGCGACGCCCAGUGGGAGACCAUCAUCGCGCUGCACUGCACCGCGCCCUUCCGCCUCGUCCGCGCCGCGGCGCCCUACUUCCGCGUCCGCGACGGCGAGCCCCGCUCCAUCGUCAACAUCUCCAGCACGAGCGGCAUCCACGGCAACGCGGGCCAGAUCAACUACGCGCUCGCGAAAGCGGGAGUCACGGGCAUGACCAAGACGAUUGCCAAGGAGUGGGGGCCGCAGUUUGGCGUGCGGUGCAAUGCCGUGGCGUUUGGGCACAUUGAGACGAGGCUCACGGCCGCCAAGGAGGAUGGCGCGUUUGUGCUGGGGCCGGGGGGCGAGAAGAUCCCGCUGGGGAUUCCGCAGAAGCAGCGCGAUGCGAAGAAGGGAAGCGCCGCUGAAGAUAAGGCAAAGGUCGCCGCGCCCAAGUUUCCGGAUAUUCCUCUGGGCCGGCCCGGGUCCGCGACCGAGGCGGCGGGGAGUAUCCUGGCGGUGGCGAGCCCGCUGUUUGCGUACGUCACGGGGCAGACGAUAAUGGUGACGGGCGGGCGGAACAUGUAG